AAAAAAGAGGAUUGUCCUAGGUUUUCAGUUUUCGCUUGGCUUGAGUCGAGGAAACAGGGAGAGACGAGGAACUCAAACAACAGGAAUGGCGCUGGGACUGAUAUUGGGGAUCGGAAGAGCGUUCAGAAGAAAGCGAACAUCGUCCCUUGACAUUCUCUCUUCCAAAAGAGCCCCGCGAGAUUACUACAAGGGAAAGAAUUGCAAGCCCACUGGUUUCCAUACCCGCAAAGGUGGAUAUGUUUUGAUGCAAGAGAAAUUGCCGAACUAUGUAGUUCCUGAUUUGACUGACUUCAAGCUUAAACCGUAUGUAUCUCAAUGCCCAAGAGAAGUGAAAACUAACGAGGCUACUGAGGCAGCUCAGUCUGAUACAGCUAAGUAAGCAAAAGGAGUGGGAAAAAGAGGGUUCAGCCCUUCGAUUUAAUUGUUUAAUGGCUAUAGUGAUUUUUAUCCAGAGAAUUGUCCUCCUUGCUUGCCAAUGGAAUGUGCAUAACAGAUGAUGCCAUUGAAUGAUGGCAAAACUAUAUUAAUGCAGUUGGAUUCUUGUGCUGUAUUCCCUGUUAUAUCAUAAAAUUUGUUUUUGGUUCCA